CGAUAAUUGACUUUUUGUUUCAAACGUGAACAACACCUAGGAAAAUUUGAAAAUGUCGAAGGUAUCGGUUGCCAACAUUCGUACCAACAUUGAUGGAAUUUUAAAGGGUUCCGAACAAAAGAAGCGUCACUUCACUGAGACCGUGGAGCUUCAAAUUGGUUUGAAGAACUACGACCCUCAACGUGAUAAGCGUUUCUCUGGUACCAUCAAGUUACCCAAUGUUCCCCGACCUAACAUGGCUCUCUGUAUUCUUGGUGAUGCCCACGAUUUGGACCGUGCUAAGCAUGGCGGUGUUGAUGCUAUGUCCGUUGAUGAUUUGAAGAAACUCAACAAGAACAAGAAACUUGUUAAGAAGUUGGCUAAAAAAUACGAUGCUUUUGUUGCUUCUGAUGUCCUCAUCAAACAAAUCCCUCGUUUGUUAGGUCCUGGUUUAUCUAAAGCCGGUAAAUUCCCUACUCCCGUUUCUCACAAUGAUGAUUUGUAUGGAAAGAUUGUUGAAGUUAAGUCUACCAUCAAAUUUCAACUUAAGAAGGUUCUUUGUUUGGGUGUUGCUGUUGGACAUGUCGAAAUGUCUGAAGAUCAACUAAUUGCUAAUGUUAUGCUUUCCAUCAACUUCUUGGUUUCUUUGCUUAAGAAGGGAUGGCAAAACAUUGGUUCCUUGGUCAUCAAAUCUACGAUGGGUAAGCCCUACCGUUUAUAUUAAACAACAAUCUUUUUGUCAUUGUUUUGGAGUUCUUAUGACAUUUUCGUGGAUAUGAAGGCGAUGGAUAUUGUAUUUAUAGGAAAUCUACUGUUCUGCUAGUGUCUUUUAUUGUACUACUAUUAGAGUAAUAAUGUAUUUCGUUAGUGAAGUUGAG